AAAUACCACCCCACAAAAGCCUCAUAUGGUAGCAAAAACGUGAACAGCUGUUAGGUUGACGAGGCAUUACAUGCGCCGACGGGACAUAACCCUCUUUCCAAAACAAUCCAUUUGUCGAUGUGGUGUGAAUGUGGUGUUGGCCGUGACCGCCGUGACAGAGCUGUCCGGUCUUUGCACAUUUAAGAGUAAAUAGGCCGUCCCUGCGAUGACCGCGCUGCUGAAGCUGGCCUGCGGGCUGGCGCUGGUGGUUGCCGUGGUGGCGCCGCCGCCGCGCGCGCAACCGCCCCCGCCACACCAGCCCACAGAGGAGGAGCUCAACAUGACCUCCGAGACGAUGGGCCUCGAGUACAAGAACUACCUGGAGGAGGUGGUGAAGAUGCUGGAGCAGGACGCCCAGUUCAAGGACAUCCUGGCUAACGCCACUGACGAAGACAUUCAGUCUGGCUCUGUGGCGGACAAGCUGCACGUGGUGGACCCGUCCAUCCGCUCCAAGCUGGACGAACUGAAGAGGAUAGAGCUAGACCGGCUGCGGCGGAAGGCCACCGAGGCGUUCGAGCUGUCCAACGGGCUGGACCGGAACACGAUCAGGGAGCCGCACCACCUGGAUCACCGGAACCCGCACACCUUCAGAGAGGAGGACCUCCGCAAACUGAUACACAAGACCACCAAGGACCUGGAGGAGCUGGACCGCCAGCGACGCGAGGACUUCAAACGCUACGAGAUGGAGAAGGAGUUCAAGUACCAGGAGCAGCUGAAGACGCUGGAUGAGGAGCACAAAAAGGAGGCCGUCAAAAAGCACGAGGAGGAGCUCAAAAAGAAGAAGGAGCACCCGAAGUCGCAGGUGCACCAUCCUCUCAGCGAGGACCAACUGGAGGAGGUGUGGGAGGAACAGGACCACAUGGAGCGGGAGGACUUCAACCCCGAGACAUUCUUCAGGAUGCACGACGUGGACGGUAACGAGCUACUGGACCAGAACGAGGUGAUGGCGCUGUUCAAGACGGAGCUGGACAAGAUCUAUAACGGCACCGACUACGACCCGCGCGAGCGGGACGAGGAGAUGAACGAGAUGCGCGAGAGCACCUACGCCGAGGUGGACACCGACCGCGACGGGUUCAUCAGUCUGAAGGAGUUUCUGGCGAGCACGCAGCACGAGGACUACCGCGCCGACCAGGGCUGGGAGGGCGUCAACGAGCGGGAAAUGUUCGCCCGCCAGGAGUACGAAAAGUACGAGCAGCAGCGGCACGCCGAGAUCCAGCGGCAGAUCAACAUGGGCGUGAUGCCGCCGCCGCACCUGGGCUACCAGCCGCCGCCGGGCUACCUGGGACACGAGGGGCUCGGCACGCCGCCCAUCGCGCCUCAGUUCGUGCCACCGCACGCCGCCGGACAGCCGGUUCCCGUGCAGGGUCAGCAGCAGCUGCCGGCCGGUCAGCAGCAGCAGCAGCAGCAGCUGCCCAAUCAGAACCAGCAGUUCCAGCAGCCGCCUCAACAGCAGUACCAGCAGCCCCCGCAGCAGCAAUUCCAGCAGCCUCCGCAGCAGCAGCAGCAAUUCCAGCAGCCGCCUCAGCAGCAGUUCCAGCAGCCUCCGCAGCAACAGCAGUACCAGCAGCCUCCGCAGCAGCAGCAACAGCAAUUCCAGCAGCCUCCGCAGCAACAGCAACAGCAAUUCCAGCAGCCGCCUCCUCAGCAGCAGCAAUACCAGCAGCAACCUCCGCAACAGCAACAACAGUACCAGCAGCCGCCUCAGCAGCAGCAGCAGCAAUACCAGCAGCCUCCACAACAGCAGCAGCAGCAGCAGGUGCCGGCGCAGAAGCAGCAGGUGCCGGCGCAGAAGCAGCAGCAGCAGACGGGGACGGUGAACCAGGUGCCCGUUCAGACCAAGCAGUAGUGCCCCGGCGCGGUACACGGCCGCUGCUCGGGCCGCCCGGCUGUCUCUCCCCCUCUCUCACUCCAGGCUUCCAUCGCGGCGUGCCGCCAGUCAGGGCCCGGUGAGAUCUCCGCACCGCGCGCCGAGCCAAACGCAGAUGGAACCCGUCUGGAUGUGGCUCCUUUUAUACGGCUGUUGGUGGAUAAAGUUUUAUUGGGCGCGAGGAGGCCAAGGCUCCGAUUUAGUUAUGUGAUAGUUUGCAUACAAAUGCACCUUUUAAAAAUAUUUUCAUAUUGUGGAAUCCUCUCUUCGAUUAGCUGCAAGCUCCACUAGCCUCAGCGUCUGAGGUGUCAGCUCCCCGCGACCUAUGGGAGUCAUGGUGGGGGACGCUCCCGCUAUUUUACGACCUUAUUGUCUCAUUCUCACGGUAUCCGCAGGUUCCGGGGAAGAAGGCGUGCACAGCCUGGUUUCCUUUUCCUCAAUUUUAUGUCACAUUAUUAUGAAUUGCACAACCGUCGUGCUCCUACUUAGAAUCCAUCGUUUUCUGAAACUGUCGCUUUGUUUACAUCGAAUUAUUUCUGGUUUUGAGCGCCGUGAUAACGAAAUUACGUAUAUGUAUAGGGCAUAUAUGGCCACGCAUUGGUGUAUGCUUUAACUGUUGUUUGGUGGUAGACAGUAGGAACGGUGCAAUGUGCAUUGGCUCUGUAAGCAGCGGUGACGGCCGGCGCGGUAGUUCGCGUAGUUGCGCGAGGUUGUGAGUGUAGCUCGAUCCCUAUUAUAUGUGGCAGCGGUCUAUCUCCCGUGUGGGAACUGUGAUGCCGUUCGGAGACGGACGCCAUUACGGACACAGCCACCCGUUUCGGUGUCGCUCGGUGCAGGAAAUACCGACGACAGGAAGAUUGCAUAACUCUGUAUACUAUUCUCGUUCUUUUGGUACAAUACACAGUCGUUGGUAAAA